UUUUCUUCCUAUAUAUGUUUCUGUUUUAUGGACCAGAAGAAUCUUACAGAAAUUGGGAGAAUAUAGAUGCGGAUGUCUACACCUCCCAACUAAACCUGCAUGUCGGGUCCCGCGCAACUUUCUCUCAUAUGCUACUUUGGAACAAUGAAUCAGACCUAGAUUGAUAAUAAGAGCGUGCAUGGUCUUUUUCGAUCUCAUCAGCUACUAAAAAAUGUAUUUUGCGAGUAUGCGACCACGGCUUGCUCAUGUCGGGCCUCCGGUUCGGAUGCUUUGGUCACGGAACUUUUCCUCCUCCUCACGACGUUACGAGAUUAGAGAUGUUGCAACUCUACCAAAACGACUGAUACCAAAAUACCAAGAAUCCCAAGAGGGCGAUCUCCUUUCCCUCCAAUGGCCAGCCCCCCCGCGGAAUAUCUUCGUCGUGAAGAAAGACUAUUCUCCGGCCAUCACUGCCUCUCUAAUUGAAUUUGCUAAUCAUGCGACAUCUACCUACCCAUCGGCCUCGAUCAUUCUAGAACCCAGUGUCGCAGAGGAAAUACACUUGUCACUUCAGUCGCCUGUUUACACCGCCCCUCUCGACCAACUACGACCGGCAUUGCACGAUAAGGUGGAUCUCACCGUUACUCUCGGGGGAGAUGGUACAAUCCUGCAUGCCUCGUCCUUGUUUGCCACGUGCUACAACGUCCCGCCGGUGCUGUCAUUUAGCAUGGGAACAUUGGGUUUCUUGAGCGAAUGGAAAUUUGCCGAAUACAAGCGCGCAUUCCGCGAGGUAUACAUGUCAGGAGCCGGCGUUGGGGAUCGCGCGACGGUGCUGGGAGACUCCCGGCCAGCCUCAGCCGACGAAGCACUGGAUCUGGAAGCGAAUCCUACUGGAUGGUCCUCGGUACGGGGGAAGUCGAUGGGCUUAACGCGCGGCGCCCGAAUCUUGAUGCGCAACCGACUGAAGGUUGGGCUCUUUACGGCAGACGGCAAGCCAGUCCAACGGGAAUCCACAUCAGCGGCCAUGCCAAACGUCUUGAACAACCAGGGAGUAUACGUUAUGAACGAGGUGCUCUUGCAUCGAGGCAAAGAGCCACAUUUGGCGGUGCUGGAUGUCUAUGUUGGGGGCCGGUUUCUGACGGAAGCCGUGGCCGACGGAAUCAUUAUCUCGACACCGACGGGUAGCACAGCAUACAGUCUGAGCAGUGGAGGCAGUAUUGUGCAUCCACUCGUGCCCGCGGUUCUACUAACACCGAUCUGUGCGCGGAGUCUAAGCUUCCGGCCCUUGGUGCUGCCAUCCAGUACUCCGAUUACUCUCCGACUGAGCGAGAAGAACCGGAGUCGCGAGUUGGAGGUCAGCAUUGACGGGGUGAACUUAGGGCAAGGGUUGACCGCGGGAAUGGAGGCAAGAGUAUGGGACGAAGAGAUGCGACAUGGCAAGAAUGAAUGGCAAGGAGGCGUGCCAUGCGUUAUGCGAAGAAUCACCGGUGGGGAAGCACACGAUGGAUGGGUUGGAGGCUUGAAUGGGUUGCUGAAAUUUAACCAUCCAUUUGGUGAGGAACGCUGAUUCAAGUACUCACUAUGAUUGACUACACACCACAUAUGCUUGUACAAACCAGCGAAGUGUAUGGGUGGCCUGGAAGAGGAGGGUUAGGAGAUAAGC